AUGGACAAGAGGAGGAUUAUGAACAUUGCGAACAAAGGAAAGAACAAAGAGCGUGAGAAGCAGCCGCAGAGGACAAUCCCUGACCGAUCCAAGGACCCCAGCAGAAGCCAAGGAGGCAGGGAGACUCCGGCUUGUCGGGGGUCAGUCGACUUGUGUGCUAUGUACCUUGACUUGCGACUUGGGAAACGAAACUUCGGGCUGGGCAUCAGUGCAAUCUUCCUCGUCAGCCUCACUCUUUCGUUGUUGCAGAGAACAAAGAGGAGCGUUCUCCUUCAUUUGACAGCCAGAGAUGAGAAGAUGCUUCGUGCCGUUGAGAAAUCGCCUGUACAGGCAAAGGACAGAAAGAUUUUGGAGCACCUGCUACUGACGCAAGGAUGCCCUUGGCAGCCCAAUGCUACAGUAUUGGCCCAGUACAGGACCAAACUGGGGAGAUGCUGCAACGCUUCUUUCUGGAUGGCGGUCACCAAGGAAAACACACCUGUGGGAUCGGAUAUCCUCUUAGAUGGGGAGAAAGGCAACAAACUGCCAGUGAAAGAUGAGCUGAUGGACUUGCUGCCAAAGAGAUCACCCAUUUCAAGCAUUCUGUAUGACCAAUGUGCAGUGGUGGGCAAUGGCGGAAUCCUCCGGAACAGCAGCUGUGGGCAGGAAAUUGACCAGGCAGAUUUAAUAGUGAGGUUCAACCUGCCUCCUAUGGACUGGCCUGAAGAUGUGGGAACCAAGACCAGCCUGGUUACCAUCAAUCCCAGCAUCCUUCAGACGAAGUUCAAGAAGCUGCAGGCCCAUAGGAAGCCCUUUGCCGAUGCCCUCCGUCCUUUCAGGAGCACCCUGAUUUUCAUUCCUGCUUUCUCGUUCGUGGGCCACAGUGACGUCUCUUACCGUGCUCUGUAUACCAUGGAGGACUUUGGCAUGGGGCAGCACGCUUACUUCAUGAACCCUCGCUACCUGGACGCCCUGGGAAUAUACUGGAAAGAUCAUGGCUUCCACCCCCGGCGCCUCUCCUCUGGCUUUAUGCUCGUCAACAUGGCCUUGGAGUUCUGCAAGCGCAUCACCCUCUAUGGCUUCUGGCCUUUCCCGCAUGACCUGGCCAACCGGACAAUACCUCACCACUAUUAUGACAACACUUGGCCCAAGCCGGGCAUACAUGCCAUGAGCAGCGAGUUCUCACUCUAUCUUAAAAUGUACGCCCAGGGCGUGUUGCGGUUACGAGUAGGCAAAUGCCAGUGA